AAGUAUCUGAUUAAUGAUUUGCAUAGAAUGAAUCCGAAAAUACCUCAUUUAUUCCCAGAAUAUGCUCGUGAAAAUAUCUCAUUCAGUGUAGAAAAAGGUGAGAGUUUUCUGAAGAUUCCAACAUGUAUCACCACAAACACAGACCGCUUUUCGAUUGGAAUUAUUUUCCACCAUAUGAGGAUAUCGAGAAUGGAGAACCAGGUCCUUUAUAUUAUUCAGAGCGAUUAAACGAAAUCUCCGAAGAAUACAUGAGAGUAAAGAACAGAAUGAAUAUGAAAGACAUCGAAAUAAUUAGUAUAUCUUCAAUUGAGAACAAGUUUCUGCGAAGAAGUUAUGAGUUGAAGAAACAACAAAAGAAAAGGGAAAAUCAGUUCAUAUUUGAAUUUGAUUUAUUUCACGGUACGAAAUACGAAUCAGCCAAGAACAUUUUCAUAGAAAAUUUCGAUUGGCGUAGGGCUGGGAGCAGAAGCAAACGCUGUUAUUAUGGAAAAGGGGUAUAUUUCACGCAUGAUGCUACUAUUUCGAGGAAAUAUCCCAAGAAAUCGAUUGGACUCAGAUAUAUGAUUUUGAGUAAAGUAUUGGUUGGAUAUUUCGCAUCAGGGGAGAGAUGGAUGACAAUUCCUCCACCUGGUACAGAUACGACAGUUUCCAGAGAUAAAAUGGAAUUUGUGAAAUUUGAGGAUAAUGAGUUCUGUCCUACACACGAAAUAGUUUUCAUCAUAAAGGAUGUUGGGGAUGAGGAAUCAAGUUUUGCAAUCGAUGGUAUUGAGCCACAAGGUUCUAUCGUGAUUGGUAACAGUUCAAAUGAUUCUUCUGAUGAUGAGGAAGAUAGCUAUAGUGACAGUAGCUCUGAUGAGUCUGAGGAAGAUUGUGAAGAUCAGCAAAACGAGAAUUUUUCCUUAAGAAAUUUGUUUGGAUUCAUUAAAAUGAUCGUGCAGCACACAAUGAAGUUGCUUUCAUUAUCAAUCACUGGAAAAGGAGACUAUGAUGAUAGUGAAAGUGAUAGUUCCGAAGAUUGUUCGGUAUAUGAAGAUGUACUGAGCAAUGAUUAACAACAUGAAAUGGAAAUAUAUAUUUUUUGAACAUUUUACACUUAAAUUCAAUUAUUUCAUCUGCUAUAUUAUGUUAAAUUUGGAAUCCCUUUUUUCACUGAAUGUUUCUUCAAAUUCUAUAUUUUGUUCUUUUCAAUA